AGGAUGUCUUUCCGCUGUAGACGCUUAAAUAGGCCUUUCUCUGAAACUUUACCUAUUUGAUCCUGAACCCCGAAGCAUGUCUCACACGGAACCGUUGAGAAAAUAAAGGUCAAGGUAUAGGUUUUUAAGAUCACUUAAAGAAAAAAAAGCGCAGCAUUUUUUUUUUCGUCUAAACUUCUCGCCAUUACUCCCUUACGCGUGGAAUUCUGGGACGUGCCUCAAUUUGCAUAUGACUGAAUACUACUAGCACUUUUACUACGGUAUGAUGAAGACCCGGAUGUUAAUGUAAUCCAAUUAUGGAGGGUACUCCGACUACACGUGGAUUGAAAAGAGGGAGGAAAAAACUCCCCACGCCAGUGAAAAAAGAGAGAAAAAGAGAAAGGGAAAAGCAGAGAACGUUGAUCUCACUGGGAAGCCAAUCAACUAGAUGGACUGAGCUAAAAAAUGAACUAAAACUAACACACGAGCGACUAGCGAAAAUUCUGUUGGACAGGUAUUAUGCACAGCGGACAUCUACCAGUAUGCCUACCAGUACCCCCACAGCCAGCUCAAAACCACUGCCCCCUAUACAGUUGAGUGACAUUGAGUCAAAAUCAGAGUCAGAUGCACCCAUGUCAGGUGUAGAAAGUGCUGGUAGUGGACCAGAAGCAGCUGCAAGGGAAAGCAAAGUUUCCAUGUUUGAUCCCAAUGAUAUGAGUGUUAAUCUCACAUAUGAAGAAAUUGAAGAUGAAUAUAAUGAGGAUAAUGAUGAUGAUACCUAUCCAAAUUACAAAGCUGACAUAUCUUUCCAACACAACAAUAUUGAAGAGGUGAUGAAACUGCCAACAGUCACUGGAGAUGAUGAUAUUUUACCUGGAGAUGAGGAAGUAGAGAUAGGCCCUAUUCCUGAUGGCAGCAAGCUGUUCAGUAAAGUGACAUCAGCUGAAGAAAUUGUGGGGCAAAGUUGUUUUCUGACUUAUGAAUCAUCUAUUAGACUGCUAUUGGAAGAGUUGUUGCCACCUUGCCCUUGCAGCAAAAAGUAUGUGGUGUCCUUUCAGAAGUCUGGCACAGGAACAUAUGUGAAGUGGUCAUGCCCAGAUGGCCAUGGAGGUGGUCAGUGGUGCUCUCAACCCAAGUUGAACCUAGGCAUGUUGGCUGGGGAUUUUUUCUGGUCCACUAGUCUUCUGUUUAGUGGGAACAAUUACAGGAAAGUUCGGUUUAUGUCCCAGUGGAUGAACAGUGGAUUUGUUAGUGAGAAGACCUAUUAUGCUAUACAGAGGGAUUAUGGCAUACCUGCUGUAGAACACCAUUUUCGACAAAUGCAAGAUGAGAUCCUUGCCUCUUGCCAAAAUAAGGAAGUGAUUAUUGCUGGUGAUGGAAGGAUGGAUAGUCCAGGACACAGUGCCCAGUACUGUACUUAUGUAGUCACAAAUUAUGAGACAGGGGAUGUCCUGGACAUUCAAGUUGUAGAGAAGAAAGAAACCCAACUAAAUAGCAAUGCCAUGGAGAAAGAGGGCUUGCUGAGGUCACUCAGGUUCCUUAGAGAGAGGGGUAUCAAUGUAGUGGAGAUUGUCACGGAUGCUCAUGUUAGCAUUGCUGCACAUAUAAGGAAAAACGAGCCUGGCAUGAAACAUUCUUGGGAUGUGUGGCAUGGUACCAAAAACUUAGCAAAGAAAAUUAUUGCGGCAGGACAGAAAAAGGCUACGCGCGAUAUUAUCCCAUGGAGCAAGGACUUAUGCACCCAUUUUUGGGAAUGUGCUAGGACUUGUGAGGGAAGUCAUGGAAAGUUCCUGUCAAAGUGGAGAGGUGCAAUGCACCAUGUGCAAAAUGAGCACGAAUGGUUAUCAGGUGAUGGUUUUGGGACAGCCAAGUGUGAACACAACCCCCUACCGCCUGAUGAAGAGAGAAUGAAGAAGUGGUUGGAACCAUCUUCACAGGGACUGGCUGCAUUGGGGCAGAUUCUACUUAACAAAAGAUUCCAAAAGGACAUUGGACACUAUGUCAAUAACAGACACACGGGACACAUUGAGAGUAUUAACUCUCACAUUCUAAUGUAUUGCUCAAAAAGAAAUUCCUACAAGCCACCUGGAUACAGGGCACGUAAUUACUUGGCAGUCAUGGAUUAUCAGAACCAUAAAGAUAGAGGAGCUGCAGUUGACUUGGAAUCCGGUGAAAUAAGGUAUACUAAGUGUUACAGCAAACAUGCCAAAUCAUGGAUAGUGAAACCUCAAGCCAUUAGAAAGACUUAUGACUACAUCCACAUCUUACAAACUCUGGCAUUUGACAUGAGAAUGACAAGUGCACGGCCUUUAGCAGCUAGGGUGCUGUUGGAACCAUGGGACCCAAGGAACCUUGGGCCAAAUACAGCCCCAGUCCCUGCACCCCCCAAAGAUGUUCUAGUCAGAGACAGAAAGUCCAGAUUUAAGUAAAUUUUGUGACAUUUGUUUUUAUCAG